AUGGAAAUACCAGUGGCACCUGGUCGAGGACUUAGCUCUGCCCCAGAUGAAAUCCAGCACCCGCAUAUGAAAUUUUCUGAAUGGAAAUUCAAACUCUUCAAAGUGAGAUCCUUUGUGAAGCCCCCUCCUGAAGAAGCUCAGGGGCCAAAUAAGAACAUGGGAGAAGGCCAGGCGUCUCUGGAAGAGACCCCAGCGGUCAUAAGCAGCGCCAAAAUUCUAGCACCAGAAAAGCCGGCCAUGAUCCAGCCAACAUUCUCAGCCCUUCCCAAGUCUUUGGAGAAGCCUGCUGAUGUUGGAAAGGCUCGGGAGAAGGCAAUUCACCUGGCCAGCCUCCGGCAGCUUUGCCGUAUCUGUGGUGUUUCCUUUAGAGCUGAUGGACAGAAUAGGAGAUACCCUGUCCAUGGUCCAGUGGACAAUAAAACUCAGGGCCUCCUUCGAAAGAAGGAGAAGAAAUUCACCUCCUGGCCAGACCUGAUCGCGAAGGUUUUUAAAAUUGACGUGAAAGGGGAUGUUGACUCCAUCCACCCCACCCAGUUUUGCCACAGCUGUUGGAAUAUUAUGUAUGCGAGGUUCAGCAAUGCCCCCUGUGAGGUACACUUCCCAAGAAACGCUGCCAUAGAGUGGCGUCCACACACCCCAGCCUGUGACAGCUGCCAGGCAGCCCGCCGGGGACUCAAGAGGAAAGGCCAUCAGUCCAAUCUGUCGCUCAGCAAAAAGUUCAAGACCGUGAUCAAACGGACUGGGAGAGUCCAUCCUUCCAAGAGUCAAGUCCAGCCUCGAAACAGCAGCAAAGAUCGGAUGAAGAAGAUUACCAACUGCAGCAAGAUGCACUUGAGCACUAAGCUGCUAGCUGUGGACUACCCUGUGGACUUUGUGAAGGCCAUCUCAUGCCAGAUCUGUGAGCACAUUGUGACUGACCCAGUGGAAACCACCUGCAGGCAUGUAUUCUGUAGAACCUGUAUUUUGAGGUGCCUCAAGGUCAUGGGCAGCUAUUGCCCUUCUUGCCAGUAUCCCUGCUUCCCUACAGAUGUGGAAAGCCCGGCGAGGUCCUUUGUGAACAUCCUCAAUUCCCUGCUGGUGAAAUGUCCUGUGAAUGAUUGUGACAAGGAAGUCAGCUUUGAAAAAUACAACCAGCACAUCUCCAGCCACAAGGAACCGAAAGCGUCCUACGUGUACAUUAAUAAAGGUGGCCGGCCCCGGCAGCAUCUGUUGUCCCUCACCAGGAGGGCUCAGAAACACCGGCUGAGAGAACUGAAGAUGCAGGUCAAGGCUUUUGCAGAUAAAGAAGAAGGCGGUGAUCUGAAGGCAGUGUGCCUGACUUUAUUCCUGCUAGUACUGAGAGCAAGGAAUGAGCAUCGGCAAGCGGACGAACUUGAGGCUAUUAUGAAGGGCAGAGGCUCGGGCCUCCAGGCAGCUGUGUGCUUGGCCAUUAGGGUCAACACUUUUCUGAGCUGUAGCCAGUACCACAAGAUGUACCGGACUGUAAAAGCCAUCACCGGGAGGCAGAUAUUCCAGCCCUUGCACGCCCUUCGAAAUGCAGAAAAGACCCUCCUGCCUGGAUAUCACCCGUUCGAGUGGAAGCCCCCUCUGAAGAACGUCUCCGCUCGCACAGACAUCGGCAUUAUUGAUGGGCUUUCUGGCUGGGCUGCGUCUGUGGAUGACUACCCAGUUGACACCAUUGCCAAAAGGUUUCGUUAUGAUGCGGCCCUGGUGUCUGCCUUGAUGGACAUGGAAGAAGACAUCCUAGAAGGCCUGAAAUCCCAAGACUUGGGGGACUACUUGAGUGGCCCUUUCACUGUGGUGGUGAAGGAGUCUUGUGAUGGGAUGGGAGAUGUGAGUGAGAAGCAUGGGAGUGGGCCAGCUGUGCCUGAGAAAGCCGUUCGCUUUUCCUUCACUAUCAUGAAUAUUACCAUCACACAAGAUCAGGAGAGUGUGAGGAUAUUUGAAGAAUCCAAGCCCAACUCUGAGCUGUGCUGUAAGCCCUUGUGCCUCAUGCUGGCUGAUGAGUCGGACCACGAAACCCUGACAGCCAUCCUGAGUCCCCUCAUUGCAGAGAGAGAAGCGAUGAAGAGCAGCGAAUUGCUGCUUGAGAUGGGAGGCAUCCCAAGGACUUUCAAGUUCAUCUUUAGAGGAACUGGCUAUGAUGAAAAACUUGUCCGGGAAGUUGAAGGUCUCGAGGCUUCUGGCUCUGUCUACAUUUGCACUCUCUGUGACGCCACACGGCUGGAAGCUUCCCAAAAUCUUGUCCUUCACUCCAUCACGAGGAGUCACGCAGAGAAUCUGGAACGUUAUGAAGUCUGGAGGUCCAACCCCUAUCAGGAGUCAGCAGAAGAACUGAGAGACAGGGUGAAAGGGGUCUCAGCAAAGCCUUUCAUCGAGACAGUCCCUUCCAUCGAUGCUCUCCACUGUGACAUUGGCAAUGCAGCAGAGUUCUACAAACUCUUCCAGCUGGAAAUUGGGGAAGUUUAUAAGAAUCCCAAUGCAUCCAAAGAAGAGAGGAAGCGAUGGCAGGCUACCUUGGACAAGCACCUCCGGAAAAAAAUGAACCUGAAGCCCAUCAUGAGGAUGAAUGGCAACUUUGCCAGGAAGCUCAUGACCAAGGAGACGGUGGAAGCAGUAUGUGAGUUAAUUCACUGUGAGGAAAGGCAUGAGGCCCUGAGGGAGCUAAUGGACCUUUAUCUGAAAAUGAAACCUGUGUGGCGCUCAACAUGCCCAGCCAAAGAGUGUCCAGAAUCACUUUGCCAGUAUAGUUUCAACUCACAGCGCUUUGCAGAACUCCUGUCUACCAAAUUCCGGUACAGAUACGAGGGGAAAAUCACCAAUUACUUUCACAAGACCCUGGCCCAUGUCCCUGAGAUCAUCGAGAGAGAUGGCUCCAUCGGAGCAUGGGCCAGUGAAGGGAAUGAAUCCGGUAAUAAACUCUUCCGACGUUUCCGGAAAAUGAAUGCUAGACAGUCCAAGUGUUAUGAAAUGGAGGAUGUCCUGAAACACCAUUGGUUGUACACUUCCAAAUACCUCCAGAAGUUUAUGAAUGCUCAUAAUGCUGUGAAGAAUACCGGUCUCAUUAUCAACUCACAAGCAGGCUUUGAAGACUCUUUAGGGCUAGAAGACUCACUGGAAAUUCUUAAUUCAAUGGAAUUCUAA